UCUCUCUCGCUCUCUCUUGCUCUCUCUCGCUCUCUCUCGCUCUCUCUCGCUCUCUCUCUCUCUUCUCUCUCUCUCUUCUUUCUCUCUCUCUCUCUUUCUCUCGGUCUCUCUCUCGCUCUCUCCCUCUCUCCCUCUCUCCCCCCCUCUUCCCCCCCUCUCCCUCUGCUUCUUUCUUUUGACACUGGUGACGGGGCACGACACAGAAGUAGACUUUCAUUUCCAGCCUACACACACACACACACACACACACACGCACACACACACACACGCACACAGUGAAACAGUAGACACAUCCCCUCUAUGCAUUUUUAAAAGCUCAGCAGGUGAUGGGAACACUUAGGUCGGGGCUCUUUGUUCGCAGAUAAGCUCGGCCAAGUGAUCAGUUGCAUUUGCCGAGAAAGGAGAUAAUACCUCGCUGUACUUCAAUCAUUAAAAAGGGGUGACUUUCUAUCUGCGGUGAGGCUUAUGAGUGACCACCAUCCUGCCAUCACCUUCACCGCGCAUGUGAAAGAACAAGCUCCCAUCUUGAGAGUCUUGUUAGUAGACACGUCAGGAUGCCCGGAGCCGAUGCCGCCAGCCAGGAGGGUUCUUGCAAGGCCUUGUGUCGAAACCUGGUGUCCCAGAACGGCCUGCAGAGAGAGACAGCUGAUAUCUCGCAGUCUGUCCUCUACACCUCCCUAAUGGGGCUUCUGCUGGUCGCCGACAACGAGAAGGAGCUCCUUGCAUUAGGAAGCGGAAGGCUUGGUCUUAGAAACAUCGGCAACACAUGUUUCUUGAACGCAAUAGUCCAGUGUUUGUCUCAUACUCGCGGCCUGCGGGACUACUGCCUCCUAAAGUCCUACAGACAGGACAAAUUCUCCAAGGAGGAGCCAAGACUCACAGAAGCUUUCUCUCAGGUAUUGUCUGGACUUUGGGAUUCAAAAGAAGAGGACACCGUUGUGAAUCCAAGACAGUUUUACAAUACUUUCCGAGAUGUUGUGCCUUAUUUCAGUGGUUACAGUCAGCAAGAUGCUCAGGAGUUUCUCAGGUUCCUUCUGGAAAAGCUACACAGUGAAAUCAACCGCAAGCCCUACAUUCAAAGACCACUAAAGGACCCAGAGCAAAAAUAUGCCAGAUUUAGGAUAUCUGAGGAGGCAGCCGCAACAUGGAAGAAGCACUUAGAGAACGACGACAGCAAAAUCGUCGAUCUAUUCUCAGGCCAGCUGCGCAGCUCGCUACACUGCUCCGUGUGCUCGCACUACUCCAACACGUUCGACGUGUUCUGCGACCUGUCGCUGCCCAUCCCAAAACACAGCACUAGCGGAAAUGUGACGCUCAAGGAGUGCCUGGACUACUUCUCGCAAGAGGAGAGACUGAACAAAGAGAAUUCACCUAUGUGCGAGAGGUGUAACAGGCAUACAGAGAGCACCAAGCGCUUGUCCAUCCAGAGGUUUCCCAACAUAAUUGUGAUACAUCUGAACCGUUUCACAACGACACGAUGGUCGAUCAGUAAAAGCACCACCUACAUCUCCUUCCCACUCACCAACCUUGACCUCGGGCCCUACGGUCCUGUUGACUGUGAAGCAGUAUUGUAUGACUUAUAUGCAAUAUGUAACCACGUGGGGACUGUCAACAUGGGCCACUACACAGCCUGUUGUUCCGAUGAGAACGGAUGGUGUUACUACAAUGACUCCAGUGUGUCAGCAGUUUCUGAGACCCAGCUUCAGACCAAUCAAGCCUAUGUGUUGUUCUACCAGCGCAACAACAUCACUACAAGGAAAUAGACCCCUGAAAACCAGACUUUUUUUUUAUCACCAAUAACCAUAGAAACCAACUAAGUGCAACCAAGCUUGCAGUUAUAAACUUUUCAAUCACAAGGUCUAAAAAGCAGAUUAGAUAACCACAAAGGGGGGGGGGGGGGGGUUGGUUUUGUCAAGGAGAAGAAUCUGAAGAGAGGGCUAAGACAGCUUAGCUGCCUUAAGAAUAAUUGUGCCCAAAUUGAAAGGCCUGCAUGUGAACAUUAAAGCUAAGCUUUCAUGAUUGACGAGAUUCAAGCUUGAUAAACGACCACAUCAACCACCUUAACUCAAGAUCUCAAGGACACGGGACUAUCGGACAAUCGUUGUAUAAUACUUGUUUUAUUUUGUUUCCAAUCUCUGUGCCACAAUUUUGUGGAAGGGGGUAAAAAUAGACCAUAGAAAUAAAGGUAUUUUUUAAUUA